GUUCUUGCUAAAUUGCCCAAGCUGGCCUUGAAUUUAUGACACCGCUGCAGCCUCCUGAGUACCUGGGAUUAAAGCCAAUUGAAGGUGAGUGUCACAGUUCCCAGUUUAGGAAGGUCACUCUUGCUGUGGAGAGUGAACUGGCUGGGGCAGGGUCACGCAGAUGAGAGAAUGGCGGCCCAAGUCACGUGUGAGCCAUGGAGAGCUAAGAGGAGCGCCAAAUUGCCACCUGUGUGACAGGUAGAGCAGUCAGGACCCACUGAAGGAUCGGACUAGGGGAGGGGGAAGGUGGUGGUAAGGCCAAAUCUCAGCCUGCCCUCAAAACCAGAGGAGUAUGGUAUAAACUGGCCUGAUAGGAAACUAGGGAUCCUCCAGGACUCUUCCAAGAACCAUAAAGCAUGCUGCUGCGGGGAACACAGCCAGCAGUCUUCAGGACUUCCCUCCUACACAUGGCCCAGAGCAAGGGGAAGAAACACUUCAGCCGAUAAUUCCCUCACAGUCUGAGGUCUGUAGAAAACGCACAGAACCAAAAUUCCUCCUAAACUAUCUACAGGACUUUCCAGAGGCCUUCCUAACUUUCGGGUAGCCCGCACCCCUCUGUAACAAGGCUCACAGGCCUUUCUCAUGCAGGAGCCCCAGGCAACGCUGAGCCUCUGCUCUUGUUAGUUUCUCCUCUGGGUGCACCCUUCAACCCGGUUCUGCCCAGAGAAGCUUGUCCUUUCUUCAAGUAUCAAUGAAGAGGAUCAAUAACAGAUUCUUGAGAUCAGAAAGAACUCCCUUUCCACUCCACACUCCGGCACCAAAUUACUGCAACCUCUUUUGGGAGAUGGUGGUUGCUGCUUGCAUCCGAGUCCCCGGCUCCACAGGACGAUCUUCUUUCGACCCUGGAAUCCCCUGACAGACACCCAGAAAGUGAAAUGAGUGACUCAGGACGGCCUGCCGCUCCAGCUCUGACUCCGAGCCCAGUGUUCAGUCCAUCGCAGAUGCACUUGGCGCCUUUAAGCGGUAUCCUCUCUGCCCUUCGAGUUCCGGUGAGCGGCCCGCAGUGCGCCCAGCCCAGCACCAUAGUUCCAGCAGCCAGAGAUAAACCUGGAGACUGAGACGCCGCCAGUUUUGGAGACCCUCAGCUUCCGCGUCACAUGAUUGGGCCGGCCCAGCUAGCUGACUCUGUCACGUGACGGCGGAGCCUGCGAGCGUUUUUCUCACGUGACGGAGGCGCCAGAGUGUGGACCAAUAAGAAGGCGGAGGCGGAGCUGGCCGGGGGCGGUGCGCGGGAAGGGAAGCCAGAGCUUCUGGGGUAGCCCCUGAGACCUCGCGCGUGUGUUUCGCGCGUGUGUUUGCCGCGGCCAGCUCCAGCUCUCAGUCCCGUUGUAAGCUAGGCCCAGAUGCAGUUCUGGAGGCAGCAUGAAGUGCUUGGUGACGGGCAGCAACGUGAAGGUGCUGGGCAAGGCCGUCCACUCCCUGUCCCGCAUUGGGGAUGAGCUCUACCUGGAACCCUUGGAUGAUGGGCUCACCCUCCGGACAGUGAACUCUUCCCGCUCUGCCUAUGCCUGCUUCCUCUUUGCCCCACUCUUCUUCCAGCAGUACCAGGCAGCUACCGGUGGGCAGGACCUGCAGCGCUGCAAAAUCCUGAUGAAGUCCUUCCUGUCCAUCUUCCGCUCUCUGGUGAUGCUGGAGAAGACAGUGGAAAAAUGCUGCAUUUCCCUUAAUGACAGGAGCAGCUGCCUGGUGGUCCAGCUGCACUGCAAGUAUGGAGUGAGGAAGACUCAUAACCUGUCCUUCCAGGACUGUGAAUCCCUACAGGCGGUCUUCAAUCCAGCCUCAUGCCCCCAUGUGCUCCGUGCCCCUGCACGGAUCCUGGGAGAGGCUGUUCUGCCCUUCCCUCCUGCGCUGGCUGAAGUGACUCUGGGCAUUGGCCAUGGCCGCCGGGUCAUUCUGCGCAGCUACCAGGAGGAGGAGGCAGACAGCACCGUCAAAGCCAUGGUGACUGAAAUGAGCAUUGGGGAGGAGGAUUUCCAGCAGUUGCAGGCCCCAGAAGGAGUAGCUAUCACUUUCUGCCUUAAGGAAUUCCGGGGGCUCCUGAGCUUUGCAGAGUCAGCAAACUUGCCUCUGAGCAUUCACUUUGAUGCCCCAGGCAGGCCAGCCAUCUUUACCAUUGAGGACUCUCUGCUGGAUGGCCACUUUGUCUUGGCCACACUCCUAGAGCUGGACCCACACUCACAGGACCUGGGCUCUUCAGAGCUCCACCAGCCAGUGCGUCAGCUGCAGGCUCACAGCACACCCCACCAGGAUGAUUUUGCCAGUGACGACAUUGACUCUUACAUGAUUGCCAUGGAAACCACUGUAGGUAGUGAGGGCUUACAGGCACUGCCCUCAGUCUCCCUUACACCUGGCCCCCACUCAGAGGAAGAGGAUGAUGAAGCUGAACCCGGUCCAGUGCCUGGCACUCCCCCACCCAAGAAGUUCCGCUCACUGUUCUUUGGCUCCAUCCUAGACCCCAUACACUCUCCCCAGGGGCCCAGCCCUGUGCUGGCUGAAGACAGUGAUGGUGAAGGCUGAAGAAAGAAUUUGAACUUGACUUGGGUCCUAAACCCAUGGACUAGAAGCCCCAGCCAGUGUGGCAGGGCUAGGUCUCAGUGCUGGGGAUGAUAGAAGGGCUGGCUGGAGCUGAGCUGACAGUUCUGCUCCUUCCCAAAAAGCUCCAUUUGGCUGUCUUACUGCAGAGCUGCCCGACUGACCAUGCUUGGCCUGGGUCCUGUCGUCUCACCCUCAUCUUGCAGUCAGUCACGUCUCUUCCCAGGCCUGGUGCCAAGCCUUCACCUGAUAGAAGGUGCUUCACCUCUCCUUUACCAGUCUCCAGCCAUUUGGCUGGAGCCAGAAGCCCACCUUUAGGCUCACCUCUCUAAGAGAAAAUCACAGUGGGGCUGUAACCCCUGAUCAUCACCCUCCUACCCUUUCUGCCAAUCAUGAGCCACCCUCCCUCAAGCAUUGGGUAUACCUCUGGAACACCCUGGCACAGACUGUCUUGCUUUCCCAGUAUUGUUUGGCUCUGGCUUGGAAUUCUAAGAACCUCUGGGCCUGAAUAUAUGCCUGGGAUGUCCUGGCUGGGCCUAUGUCCAGCAAAUGUGAUCUCCCAAGUGGCUUUGGGCAAAGGGCUGCCAGGCCCAGUGUUUAAGACAAGGGAGACAGAGGCCAUGGCGAGAAUCCAGCUUUGACUUUUAUUCAAGAGA